GCUUCAAUACUGGUAGAUGAUUCAUGCGCGAAACAUGCGACCGGUUUGAUUUGAAACUAUGAAUUUCUCGGAAUGUUUUCAACAAACUUCCGAUCUGGUGGCUUAUUCCCCAGAUGGAAACUUUGUGGCAAACGCCGUUCAAUACCGGCUUGUAGUAAGAGACGCCGAAACUCUGCAAGUAGCGCGUAUGUUUACCUGCGUUGAUGUGCUGCAGUUUCUCCAGUGGUCACCAGACUCUCAAUUUAUACUCUGCGCCCUCUACGACAGAGGAAUAAUUCAAAUCUGGAAUAUAGAGCAUUCUGAAUGGAACUGUAAAAUUGAUGAGGGAUCAGCCGGACUAAUCGAUGCCUGUUGGAGUUCCGAUUCCCGCCACAUAUUAACAACAUGGCAAUUUUACUUACGCAUCACUGUAUGGUCAUUAGCUGCUAAAACUGUUUCAUAUAUAAAAUAUCCCAAAAAUUGUCCCAAAAAUAAAUCUUUCAGUAGAGAUGGAAAGUUUCUGGCUCUACUGGAGAGGCGCGAUUUCCAAGACUGUAUUAGUAUUUUUAAUGUAAACUCUAAUUGGCAAUUACAUAAGCACUUCCAAUGUGAGACGGAGGAUGCUAACGGUAUAGAAUGGAUUCCAGACGGUAGCGGAGUCGUCGUUUGGGAGUCGCUCAUUCCAAAUAACUUAAUUGUCUAUGAUAUGCAAGGAGUCAAAAAGGCAAACUUUCAGCCAACUUCAUCAACUGCCGGCUUUCGCUGUCUGCAGUUUGAUAAAUCAGCUAGUCUAUUAGCUGCAGGCUCAUUUGAUGGACGUCUUUUCAUUUUGAAUACAGUUACCUGGAAGGCUCUGUGUAUUAGAGGUCACGAAACUGAAAUUGAUUCUGUUGACACUAUUGUGUAUCGGCAAGAAAACAAAACACCGGAUCUAAGUUUGAAAGAUCUAAAAAGUAUUCGACAGUCUAUGCAGAGUCAUUAUGCGUUAGUUGAUGACAAGAAGACCGAAUUACCUCUAAAAGAGAUUUGUGAACAAACGGAAGUUGCUACUGGAAUAUCUCGUCUGGGAUUCAGCCACAAUUCUCAAUUUCUUUAUACAGUGAACGAUGCUCAUCCUCAAUGCUUGUUCAUUUGGAAAAUAUCAGAAAUCUUUAAGCUUCAUUCUGUUCUCAUUCAUAAAGAAAGCAUUACAGAUAUAGCUUGGGAUCCCAACGAAACUCGAUUAGCUUUAGCAACGACAUGCAAUAAUCUUUUUAUGUGGUCUCCGUCAGGAAGCCUGUGCGUCAGAAUUCCAUCAACGCCUAAUAUAAUGAACGUUUCCGGAUUAUGCUGGAAUAAAAAUAGCAAGAGUCUAGCUUUAAUGGGAAGCGGUAGUUACUGCGUGUGUUUUUUCUCUAGUGACAAACGUUUAUCUGAAGCCUAG